GCACACUCCUUAAAUGGGCUUUUGUAUUUCUCAGAAUUAAUGAGAAAAGUUCCCUUGCCCUAGGGGUAAUUAGUGUCCUUGGAGUUAAAUAAGCUAAAACUUAGACACCUCUGGCACAGGCAAUUAUGUUUGUGUAUUGAAUAAUUGAUUCGGGGGCUGCUAAUCAGAUAUGAGCAUAAUGAAUUGAUUUAAUUAACCAGGGAACCUGAGGAAUACUGGGAAAUGUGUGCAUUUAUUCGCCAGCCAGGGACCCUAAAGGGUACAGAACCACAUAAAUUGGAGGAAAAGGCUGCUGGUGGCUGUUUGCCGGCUUUUGAGAGCGGCUGAGUGUGAUUUUUCUUCCUAGGUACCGGCUGUUGAAGGCAGAAGAUUGUCAGCAGUUCAGCCAGCGAUUCUCGUUCGCUGGAGACGCUGAGGAGGGAGCGCCGUGCCCCGGACUCCGCUGCGUCCAGAGGACGAUGGUACUUGACAAGGAGGAAGGUGUACCAAUGCUUUCUGUACAACCAAAAGGAAAGCAGAAGGGUUGUGCUGGCUGCAGUCGCAAGAUCAAGGAUCGUUACCUGCUAAAGGCACUGGACAAAUACUGGCACGAAGACUGUCUAAAAUGUGCCUGUUGUGACUGCCGCCUUGGAGAAGUUGGAUCAACGCUGUACACAAAAGCAAACCUAAUUCUCUGUCGUAGAGACUAUUUAAGGCUUUUUGGUACCACAGGAAAUUGUGCAGCAUGCAGUAAACUGAUCCCUGCCUUUGAGAUGGUGAUGAGGGCCCGUGAAAAUGUCUACCACUUGGACUGUUUUGCCUGUCAGCUCUGUAAUCAGAGGUUUUGUGUAGGUGACAAAUUUUUUCUGAAGAAUAACAUGAUCCUCUGCCAAAUGGACUAUGAAGAAGGGGCAAUGAAUGGAAGUUUCUCAUCACAAGUUCAAUGACUUGCCCAUGGCCUUCGAAAGUGUUGUGGGAUGUUCAACACUUAAACAAAAACGGAAAGCAUCUGUCAGCUUGCUUGUGACACUUCAGUUAGUCCAGAAUGGAUUAAAGUAACUUUCUCCAACACUGAGCAGUUAAGAUUUUAGAUGCACAGCUGUGCUGUUUAGCUGGGCAGUGCUUUGCCUGUAUGUUUUGUGAUGUUGGGUCCGGGAGGGUAUGUACAGUGUUUCUGUAUAUAUAAACUGGAACAUUUAUUUUACAUAAGUGUAAUGCAAUUUUAUUAUUACUGGUGUGCAUUAAAGAAAAUUAAAUGUU